AUGCAGUCGACCUCCGCACUCGAGCUCGGCCUGGACCGCCUCUCGCUCGGGUCGCCCUACUCGAACGGCGCCGCCGCGCAGCCGUACGGCCAGCAGGGCUACCCGCAGCACCACCAGCACUCGCACUCGGCCACGUCGAGCCUCGAGCGCGAGCAGCGCGGCGUCCUCGGCUCGUCGCUCGCCUCGUCGUCGUCGGCCGGCGACCAGCUCCAGCCGCACCAGGUCAUGCAGCCGCCGCUCCACCAGGGUCCGCCCCCGCACGUCCAGCUCAAGGAGCCUCAGCGCAGGCGCGGCGUCGUCAAGUUUUUCAACAGCCUCAAGGGCUUCGGCUUUGUCGUCGACAACGACCCGGCCGCGCUCGGCGGUCAGGAAGUGUUCUGCCACUUCAGCGCCAUCGCCGGCAAGGCUGGCUUCAGGUCGCUCGCCGAGGGCGAGGAGGUCGAGUACGAGCUCGUGCAGGGCCCCAAGGGCUUCCAGGCGGCCAACCUGACGGGCCCCGGCGGCCGCACCGUCGUCGGCGACCCCAAGGCGCGCAUGCAGAAGCCGCCCGCGUACCUCCCGCUCGCGCCUUACGCCCUCCCGAUCGGCGCGCCCUACCUCGCCGACCCGUACCAGGCCCAGGCGGCGGGCGUGUACGCCGGCUCGCCCUACACCCAGCACGUCCUCUACGUCCCCGCGUCGGCCGCGCUCCAACCCUCGCAGUACGCCUACGCCCCGAUUCCGCUCGCCGCACCGCCUCCUCCCGGUCACCGCGGCGGCGGCGCCCCGCCGCACCACCAGCAGCAGCAGGGCGCGCAGCAGGGCAGCCCGUUCGUCGCGCCGCAGUAUCAGAGCUACGCCGCGCCGCCGUCGUCGCUCGGUGCGGCGCCGAGCGCCGGCAGCGACCGGUACGGCGCCCUCGGGCGCGGUGGUGGGCCGGGCGUGUACGGCGCGGCGCAGCAGCCGGGCAGCGGCGGUGCCGGUGGAGCGCACGAGCCGUCGCGCGCGUCGUCGUACGGCGCGCCGCCCCAGCACGCCGGUCAGCAGCAACAGCAGGGGCAGCAGCAGCACCAGCCGCUGCAGGUCCUCGUCGGGUCGCUGCCGGGUCCGGGCUUCUCGCCACCCGGCAGCGGCUCCGUCAACCUGCCCGGCUCGCCGCAGCUCGGGCCCGGGUCCGGCCAGGGCUUCGGCGGCUUUGCGCCGUUCUCGCCGCCGUCGUUCAACCACGCGCCGCUGUUCGGCGCGCCGCCGCAGCACCAGUUCCAGAUGGGCGGCGGCGCGUUCGGCUCGUUCGGCGCAUCGGGCUCGCCCGUGCCCAGCCAGCAGCAGCAGCCGCAGCAGCAGCCGCAGGCCGCGCCGUCGUCGUCGGGCGCUGCCGCGUCGGCCUUGUCCGGCAGCGGCACGACGCCGUCGUCGGCCCUGUUCGGCACGACGGCGCCGGCGCCGAUCGGCUCGCGGUCGGGCACGCCGGCCGCCGGUGGGCGGUCGACGCCUGCGCUCGGCAACGGGAGCCUCGGCAGCGACGCGUGGAAGGCGACGCCGGCCGGUGCGCUGUACGCCGGCUCGAACGGCGGCUCGGCGUCGGAUGCGCAGCUCUGAGCGCGCGCGCCGAGUUGGUCUCCUCGUCGCCCUCGCCCUCGCCCUCCCUUUCCCCUUUCCGCCUUCGUCCCACCUCUAGGUCCGUACAGCCUACCGCCGUCGUCGUCCGCCGUCCCGCAGUACCCUCAACACCUCCCUCGCAUGUCGUUCCUCGCCUCGCCUCGCCUCGGGCCUCGAGCCCUCUCUUUAUCGCUUUGCAUGUCUGUCCGUCUAUCGCCUCUCUCUUGCCUCUCCCUUUCGUCCCCCUCUAUACUCUCUUCCUCUCUCUCUCUCUCUCUCGCCGAGCGCGCGCACGUAGUCAAACCCCCUCCUCGCGUUGCACCUCCCCUCGCUCGCCGUGCUCCCUCCUCCCUCGUGCCACAUAGCCCCUUGUCGUCCCCCAUCCGUCGUCGCCGUCGUCCGUCGUCGCGUCUCGUCCGUUCACCCUCGUCAGCUUCUUGCGCCGUGCCCCCCUCUCGCCUUCCUCUCUUGCCCGUAGCCUUCCCCCUCUUUGCAAUCUGUCCCACGCCCUCGAGACUCGAGGGCUUUUUUGCCCUUCU